AUGGUGCAGCCUAAGAGCGUCCGGUUUCAGCAAGGCAUAGGGCAGGUGCUUGGCCAACUAACAGAGCGGCAGAAGCAGGAGAAGGAAGCAACAGCAGCCGCUGCUGCAGUGGUCAGAGACUUUAAAGACUUCAGAGGGCCCUUAAGAACAGUAGAAGAGAAAAAUUCUCUGACUGAUGCCGGGUUGAAAGAGAAGCAACGAUACCAUGAGAAGGCACUUCUGCUGAAGGAUCCUAGUUCCGUUGGUCUCGGAAAUGUCAUCAAACGUCAGACCCCGCUUGCAAGAAGGGAGCUGUUUAGGCGGAGACUCUUCCCCAUUAGGUUUGAAGAGUCUGCUCGGAAUGUAGAAGACGUACAGCAUGUGUUAACGCAGAGGAACUCUGUUGGACAGCUCAUUAUGCCCCUGAUAUAUCUGGCGAUGCUUCUGCUGUUUUUAUCCUAUGCCCUCGAGAUUACCAAGCUAUACGAGGCAACAGAUGGCAUAGUGGCCUCGUUAGAGUCAGCUCCGGCCCCCACACCCUCCAGCUUCAGCGCUCUUAGUGUCGAGAUUGCAGAGGCUGAACAAUUAGUUCCUUCACUAAGAACUGUAUCCAUCAGUCUUGAACCAAGCUCGCUAUUGAAUCUGCUAACAUUAACGAGCAAAGCUGACGUGGCCUCUUGGCUCCUCUAUGGAUUUAUCCCCCUUCUUUUUGGGCCAGCGUCAAAGACAAGCAACCUGGGCUUAGCAAGGGUCAUAGGAAAUUGUUUCAGAAUAACAUUUCGGCAAGUUGAGCUACAAGAUGUUGACGGAUUCGACCUCGGGUACGAGGGAGUUUGGCCCUUGAACAAGGCAACGGCAGCUUCAUCAAUUGCAGAGACAAAACUACGCACUAGCAAUCCUCUCACCAACCCAGCUGGCUCCAGGUUUACUUAUUCGUACCCUUUUGCAGCGUCUGGUGAAGGCAAGGCUUUUAAUGAUCAAGGAGGUUAUUACCAGGUCAUAUGUGCAGAUUCCGCUCAGGCGGCCCAAGCGGCACUUCAACAGGCCCAACCGCAUUCUCGUUAUCCCCCCUGGUUUGUUCCCAUGCCUGUCAUAGCUGAUCGCCGGACAAUUUCCAUAGUGGUUGACUUUUUCGUUGUUAAUCCACUUACACAGACAUUUUCUCAUUGUGUCGUCCCUUUCUCUUUCACCAGCUCAGGCACGCUACAAAGGCCUCUUAUUAGGGUAUUGUCACUGGUAUCUGCCUCAUCCCAGGCCAAUAGAGUGAUACGCUUCACUGCUCUUGGUUUAGUUAUGCUCAUCAUGCUGGUUUACUUGGUAUGCGAAUACACUCAAGCAAAAGAGCAGGGCUUGGGUGUUUGGCUCAAGCGGUGGUGGACUGCUCUCUUGUUAUUUCAUAUAUUGCUCCUUCUGGGCCUGCUUUCAUCAUUUGCCGCUGUACAAAUUAUUGCACAACUCGCCCCCCAAGUAUCACCAACUCUGGGCGCAAAUGGGCAGUUUGACCUCUCAGGAGCUCCGACCGCAUCAGACGAGGAUGGAUUUUACCAUCUUCUCAGCGAAUACGCAUACCUGUUUCAUGCUAACUACUGUGCACAGCAGUCCUUCGUUUUCUUCGGUUCCCUUGCCGCAGUUACAGGAUGCAUUUUGACAGUAUCAGCGGCUUUUCUUUUGGGUGGCAUUCUUGGAAAUUACGAUGUGUAUAUUGUAUCUUCCGUUAAUCCUGUUCUUGCUGGGAUUUUUUUCGUACCGCUUUUUCUACUAUUUUCAUUAUUUGGGUUUACCAUCUUAACUGCGGUGGUCCUGAGAAAAUAUGAUAUAUGUGUUGACUUCUUGGAGGACAACACCAUCAAGCAUAAGCUCGAAAACAAGGUACGUCACGCAUGUAUUGCCAGAAAUGGUCUAGAAGAUGAUGUGGAAGAGACAAAGGAGCUCAAGGAGCUCCAAAUGAAAAAGAAAGGAUCUCGAAGGCGGAUUAAGAGGGGAAUCGACUAUUAUAGGUCUAAGCAGCAGGACGAGGAAAGCCAAAGCUCUGCCAGCGAAUAUUAUAAAACCCCGACAGAAUAUCCUUCAUGGGUUUGGCAGACAAUGGGCAUAGAAAAUCCACCAAAAAUAAGGAAUAACCUGCACAAUGUACGUAACAUGUAUGUGGAUCCAGCGAGCAAAGGUGAACUCUCUGUGGAUACUAUGGGAGACAUGGGGGCAAUGGCUCGUGCGAUCGUCGCAAGCACCUCAUUUCCAGUGAAUCCGGUCACAUUUACGUGUGCAGAUGCUUUCCUAGGUUUGCAGGAUGUAGCCGCUUCAAUCUAUUUUCCCAUGCAAUCUGUACUUGAAAUAAAUACGGCCCGAGAUUUUUACAGCUGGCUCGUCGCUGAUCAGGGCCUCAUGGCAUUUCUGGCACCCCCCAUUGAUUCGAAUUUAUUCCUUGAAAUCUUUCCCGAGUUGCUAAAGCCACUUGAUGUUCCAUAUCAGCAGCUGGUGAUCAGCAACUGGAACAGUACAGUAGCUGCACGCUCCGUCCGUGUGGUGCUGACGCUGCGCUCUGAGGUGGUGUAUCCUACACAACUGGAUUUCACCUGCUCAUCGCUCCAAUGCGAAUAUCAGCCGUUGUUUGAGCCUAGUGAAUUCAAAGGCUUCCUGAAGAAGCUAACAGAGGAGAAUAUUUUGAGGGACGUUGCCCAGGAAUUGGCGUUUCAUCUUAUUUUACUGAAUCCAAAUUCUGGCAGCAUUGCGCUGGAGCUUUGGAUACGAUUUAAGAGAAAUCGCGGUGGCACUAUUACACCUACCCUUUCUGUCCAUGCCCUUGAUCUGCAUCCUUACAGCAUUUGGGACCCAACAACAAUAGCUGCUGUAGCUCUGCAGGUGGCGACUGCUGCCUUGCUCCUGUUUUUCGGAAGCUCAUUUUUUGUAGAUUUCCAGAAUCUGUGGAAGCGCUUGAGAAAGGAACGCCAAGACUUCGGCUUCGGCUCGUGUUUGGGUGUUUUCUUUGUUGACAAUCUCUUCAAUUCGUUCGAUCUUAUCUGCUUUGCAAUCUUGAUGUGCUUAAUAUUUGUAUGGAUAGUCUAUCUAUUCGCGUCUCCACACUCCCAAGUUUUCGAUAUAGCGGAGGAUUUCACUACAGCCAUGACAGCUGCUGGUACAGGAGGCUCGUACGAGGAAGCGGCUUCAGUGGCUAGUACGCUUUUCAGGAAUUUCAGUUCCGCCAGCGAAUUACUGCAGGCCUAUUCUCAGAUUGCGGCAGUUUUCUUGACCUUAUCAUUCCUGCGCCUGCUGAGGAUUGGACACAGAAGCAAACGCAUGACACUCAUGUUCUUUACACUUGCGUCUGCGGCGGGCGAAAUGGUGCAAGUCUUAGUGGGGGCGGCACUCAUGUAUAUAGGCUUUUCGUAUUUGUGCUUUUUGUCGUUCGGGUGCCGAGUGGAGGGUUUCUCAAGUGUCAAAAAUUCGUUCGUCUUCACAAUGUGGCUGACUACAGGCUAUUUCUCUCUAUCUGAACUCUUUCAAGCCGACGCCGUUAUGGCGGGAGGGUUUCUAUUCCCGUAUUUGUUUUUCAUGGGCAUAAUCUGUUUCAGCUGUUUUGUCUGCGUCUUGCUUCGUUCACUUGCAUGCCGUUCCGUUGAAAUCAAAACACUGGAAAAGCUGGGCCAAAUCGAGGAGACUUCCAUCUUGCAAUCUGUACUCCUCUUUUUCCAUGAAUUGAUCUGUCACUUUCGAUCUACUAAACAAGAACUCGAAGGUGAGGCUGAAAAGCGCAGAGUGGAGCGGUUGAAGCAAAAAGAGAAUGGAGAGGCAGCUUUUGGGAAGAGGACGUCAAGCGAUCAGGACCGCACUGUCAACGAGUGGCGGACAUUAGAAAAAUUGGAAAGAGAACGAAGAGAGCGGCCUCUAAAAGUUCUGGAACUACCAAUUGAUGUGAUUACCAGCUCUUUAUCUGACGAACAAUAUUUGGGGUUACCAAACGAAGUCCGUUUGUUCGCGCGACAUGAAGUGGCAUUGUUUGUCGAUAGGUUUCGGCUGAUGGCGACACAGCUUAACCUUGGGUGCACGGACAUACUGCCACUUGUGCAGCAGUUUGAGAACAAUGCAUAUACCGAAAUGUCAUCCCUAUCUCGUGAAGUGCAGCAACAGGAAGGCCGCCUGCAGCAUGAAUUGUCGGUGUACACCACUAAAGUCGUUAGUGGACAGGAACGGCUGGAAACGUACAUAAAAUUCGUUGAAAAAGCCUUGCAGGAGAGGGAGGAAGAGCUUAAAUUGGAACAGCAGGAACUUGAACUGAUAGAAAGCAAAUGUAAGGAUGAACAGCAAGAAACCGAGAAAUAUGGAAAAUACAGAUGA